AUGACUCCCUCCUCCGCCGUUGCUUCUCUGUUCUUCUUCUGCCUGCUGCUGCUUCUGCUUCCUGCUCAACAUGGCGCCUCCUCCCAUGCAAGCUACAAGCUAGGGUCCAGACAAGUUUUCUUCAAGACACCUGGCAGGUCACCGCAGGCCUCCGCGGUGCCUACUGCAACCUCCUGCUCGUCCAUCGCAACUGGCACAGGCAACAAGAAGCUACCCGUGGUGCACCGGCAGAGCCCAUGCUCGCCAUUGCAUGGGCUGCCGUCCCUAACGGCGGCAGAUGUCUUGCGUCGUGACACCUCCCGCAUCCGGCGCCGUUUCGCCUCACAAUCGUCUGGGGUCGCUGCCCCGGCCUCGGCCCCGCCGCCGGCCGCCACCAUAAUCCCCGUUAACGGCUCGUCGGACUCGUCCACGCUACCGGGCGAGCUGGACUACAGUGUGCUCGUCGGCUACGGCACGCCGGAGCAGCAGUUCCCGAUGUUCUUGGACACCAUGAUCGGCACAACCCUGAUCCAGUGCAAGCCGUGCGCCUCAGUUUACAACUGUGACCCGGCGUUCGACACAUCACGGUCCUCGACGUUCACCCAUGUCCUCUGCGGCUCGCCGGACUGUCCGACCAACUGCUCAGGCGGCUCCGUCUGUCCGUUUGACAACCCGAACAUUCCCAUCGAGGGCACGUUUGCGCAGGACGUGCUCAAGCUGACGCCGUCCACGGCCGUCGACGACUUCAGGUUCGUCUGCAUGGACGUGGGACCUCCUCCUGACCUGCCGGAAUGGGGCUUCCUCUCCCUCGGCGGCAACGCCACUAUCAGAGAUGACGACAACCGCACCGCGCACGCCCCGCUGGUGAGCAACGGCGACCCCGAGCUGGCGAUCAUGUACUUCAUCGACGUCGUCGGGAUGAGCCUCGGCGGCGAGGACCUCCCGAUCCCGCCAGGGACCUUCGGCAGCAAUGCCAGCACCAACCUGAACGUGGGGACCACCUUCACCAUGCUGGCGCAGGACGUGUACACGCCGCUGCGCGACGCCUUCCGGAAGCAGAUGUCGCAGUACAACCGCUCGUCGCCGGGGUUCGCCGGCUUCGACACGUGCUUCAACUUCACCGGGCUGCAGGAGAUCAGCAUACCGCUCGUCCGGUUCGAGUUCGGCAACGGCGAGAGCCUGCUGAUUGACGGGGACCAGAUGCUGUACUACGACGAUCCCACCACCGGUCCAUUCACCAUGGCCUGCCUCGCCUUCACCGCCUUUGACGACGGCGGCGAUGUCAUCUCCGCCGUGAUUGGGACGUAUACGCUGGCGUCCACGGAGGUGGUGUACGACGUGGCCGGAGGAAAGGUUGGCUUCAUCCCAUGGAGCUGCUAA